GUACAUUAAAGGUCAAAAGUAUUUCAUACUCACCAUGGAAUGUAUGUAUGAUCAAUAAGAAACAUUCAACAUAAAAUUGGCCUAUACUUGUUAUAAACAUAGAGAAUACUUAGAAAAAAUAUAUAUGGAACUUAUCUUUAUGCUAUUCUGCCUACCAGUCUUAUUAAUCUUUUGGAUCUUAUAAGGAAUACAUUUUAACAAAUAUAAAAGGAAGAUAGUCAUAACCUUAAACACUCAGCAUUUUGAUUUCAACACAGCAUAAAGCACCAAUUACCUUUUUUUAUCAAUAUGGAUUGUUUGAAAUCAGUUCCCGUUGACAAAUGCUGUUUAGUUGUACAAAUGCCAACAGUUGAAGAGAUGAAGCGGGAAGUUGCUGAUAUAACAUGUGAAAUGCAAUCCGUUUAUAUUGAUGAUAGUGCUGGAACAUUACCCGCGACGUCAACAUUACCGACAAUAUCAACCGAUGCUAACACUAGACCUGUUCAUUCGAGUAAUUUUUAUAAAAAUCAGUCUGUGUGUAAUAUUAAUGAAGCAGAGACAAAUUUUACUGAUAAAAACUAUAAAUCCACGUUGAAUCAUAAGGCACCAGAUUAUGAUACAAAAUUUGGUAGUUUAAAUCUUCAACAGAGUGAAAAUCACCUACAUCAUAAUUCAUCUGACUCCAGAUGGUCAACAAUGGAAGAUAUUGGUGGCAAUGGAGAGGAGCAGGAGACAACAGAAAGUGGCUUACACUCUGAUGGGUUGGAAAACACUACUGAAUUUAAACUGAAUCGAUUUGGUAGUAUGCUUGUAAGCCAUAAAAAUGCAAAUGAAAAUUUGCUAUCUAAAUUUAUUUCACCAUCAGUGAAUAGUACUUCAAGUGGUCCAAGGGAAGAACAAGUUUCAGAAGAAUUUAUCAUCAAUGGGAAGCGUUAUAGACAAGUUUAUCAAAGACGUGUUGUAUUGGAAAGGAAGACAACUAGAGAUGUAUUUUUUCUUCCUGGAAAUAAUACGGAAACAGACCUCAGAACAUCAAACAAAAAUCAUUAUGAAUACAAAUCUCCAAAUUAUGACAAACAGUUAUCUUCACAAGCUUCGGAUGAUUCGCCACAUAAUAAUUCAAAAAGUUCACCAAAUGACUUUAUUAUUAAUCGACCAGGUUUAGACCUUACUGUCCUACAUACACGGAAUAAUUCAGAAGACAAUGAACCCUGUUUGUCACCAGCUAUCAUAUUAAGAUCCGGCAAUGGGACACUGAACAAUUAUAAAGGUAGCCACAAUUCUGCUUGUUCAAAAUGUCAAACUUCAAGCCUUGCCACGUCUACAUUAAACAACAAUUCUACUUCAAAUGCUUCACAUCAGUCAACAGAAACUGUGAAACGGUUGAGCAUUUCUGAUGUCAAUAAAACUGGUAGAAGAACCAGAAAUAUUGUUCGUAGCCUAUCUAACUCCCUUAAGCGUUCUGUAUCAGCUGGAAUUCAGCGCACAAGAAGUUUAGUAAAAUCGGUACCAGGGAAGUCUAAGGUGGCUGAAGGUAAUCAAAGGCCAAAGAAGUUAAGCAAACUGAUAAACAAUGAUGCUUCUGAAAAAGAUCAGGAAGUGAAUGAAACGAGAUCAAAACAAAUUAUGGGUUACAUGUAUAAAUUCGGAGUAUGGGAUGAUCAACAACCAGUUCUAGAUCCUCGACUUCCUGUAUUCUUUGAUCUGUCUGCUGAGAAUGGUUCAAAUUUAAAUGGGACUGUUAUUCCCACUGCACCGGAAUGGCAUCAUGCAGAAGUUGGUUUAGAGAAUAUAGAACAAUUUCAAGGUGCUUAUGUUAGAAGUCGUACAGUAGCUUGCCUGCAACGAUUCACUCAGCAUAGUUCAGCUAGUGGAAAAGCUCUGCAUAGAAGUACAUAUGUACAACAAACAAGACUAGUCAGACAGCUUAAUCGUAGUGGUGAAAGAAAAAAAGACGAUAGUCAAACGGAAACGGAGGAUAGCUACAAAAACAAAGAUUUUGAUCAUGAAGAAAAAGUUUCAAACUCGACUCCUACACAUCUGCUCACAGAUCCGUGUGUAUUUGAUACUAAUCAAUUUGCCAAGUAUGAUAUGCGAUCUGAAGACUGUUUACAUCCAACCGUUGAAGAUAACUCUGCCAGAUUUACCAGAUGUUCAAAUGAUCGCCUUCAAUUACUACAGUCUCUUUGUCCAUCUGCAGCUGCGGCAACAAUUCUUCUUGGUAAACCUAUGCACGACUGUCAGGAUAAUGAUGAUACUAAUCAGGAAAACCAGUUCAGCAAUACACCAAAUUAUUCAGAUGAAACUCGUGUCCUGGUAACUGCAAAUGCUUGGUGUCCUGUUUCAUUAAGGACGAAAGAUCCCAAUUCACAGCUUGUGUUCAACUCAACGAAUAAGGAAAAUAAUGGUAAUGUUAGUUCAAAGUCAAACUCUCCGAAACACUCACCAUCGUCUAUGAGUGUACCAGAACCUACAAUUCGUGGUGGGACGUUGGAUGGACUCCUCAUCUAUGCACUGAAUUUACUCCAGUCGCCUAUACCAUCAAAUCAUCCAGAUUAUCUGUUCCCUGAUGUUAUCCGUUUAAUGUAUCCAACAUUUACUACACUUGAAAAGAUAACUGAACGUCUUAUUCAAAUUUAUGUGGCUUAUGCACCUGUUGAACCUGGUUGUCAGAGUUCAGAUUGGAUUGAUGCCUUAACAGCAGCAGAUUAUCUAGUUACUAUUGCAACAGAUAUUCAUCCGAAUAAGCUAUCCGCCUCGCUAAUCCUACGUCUUAAUCGAUUUGCACGUCUUCUUAUGUAUGAUAAUCAAAUAAUUUCCAGUGCUUUAGAUAUAUCCAAUGAACAAGCACAAGGUGAGAAUCCUAUUUCACAGGAGCCGCAUCGUUUAUUAGCAAAUCGUCUACUGGAGAAAUUUCCUCUAUUUUCAUCGAAACAAAAGUUGUCCAAUCAGUUAAACAGCAGCAGAUGCAAGACGAAUUCUAAUCAUAUUCAAACAAAUCUGGAUGAAUUGUGUAAUAAACGCGAAACGAACGAUUUAUUAGCUAAAAAGUCAAUGACUAUGAAUAAUUCCUCAGUUAGACAAAACGAUAGAAAUUCUGUUGAAAACGUUAAACGAAGUUCUCUACAGUAUCCAAGCCUAAUAAAUGAUGAUAUAGAUCUGUGCAUUACUGAACCACGGAGAGAUGCAAUACAGAGAGCCAGCGAAUUUCUUGAAUAUGAUGCAAGAUCGAUAGCACAAGAAAUAACUCAAAUUGAAGAAGAGAAGUUCGCUGAAAUCGAGUUUCAAGAACUAUUAGAUAUUCCACACUUGGAAAAAGGUGAAGCGCACAGUCUUGCUAGAUGUGUUGAACACUUUAAUCAGAUAACACGUUGGGCUAAAGGUAUGAUAUUUAUCCUGGCGCCUAAUCUCCUAGAGAAAUGUUCUACACUGGGUUCAUAUCAUCAUGAAAAGAUUAAUCAGAAGAAAUCACUAUUUGAAAAUUUUUGGAGUUGUCAUACUUCCACAGCUGCAUCCAAUGAAGUAGUAAAAGGGAAAUCUAAACUACAGGAUGAUAAUGAUGAUACCAGUUCAAAUGUAGAAGUGAAAAUUACUACAAAUAAUGAGGAAGAUGACAACCUGCCAAAAGUGAAUACAUUUAAUAAGAAUUUUACACUCUUGUCAUCUCAGCACAAAGAUAUCUCUGUGAAGAAGAUAAUUUCUCUUAAUAUUAUGCUUUUGAAAAUGUGUGAAGUUCUGAAGCACCUCAAAGAACUUCACAACUUCAGUUCAUUCCUUGCAUUACUGUUGGCAAUCCAAGAAGUGCCUGAAUGUCUACUAUCUAAAAAGUCAAAACAAUUGGUAGCCACAUUUUCAUCCUACAUGAAACCUCCAAAUUUUGGAGAAUAUCGACGGGAUUUAGAAGCAUCUCAACUGCCAUGUCUUCCAUACUUAGGUUUAAUAUUUCAACAGCUUAUUCACCUGCAUAUUGGUAAUCCAAUUCAUUUACCGAAUAGUCCAACAGCAACACUUUCUAAAACAGAUUUUUCAAAGUAUACGAAUGAAACAGACACAACAGGGCACAACGAUUCAACAAACAGUCAAAUGUUCAAACCUCUAAAAGUUAUUUCUGCCCCACCUAAAUCGCAUAAAGCCGAUAUGAUUAAUGUAUGGAGAUGUUGGAAACAUUAUAUGGUACUUGGUUACUUUAUAAAGCGUAGAGAAAAAAAUAUUGAAAACCUCCAUCACUUUCCACAUCAUCCUGAAAUCAAUCGUAUCAUUAAUGAAUUUAGAGAUCAGUACACUGAUACACUACUGGACAAAGCCAAAGAUCAAUUGAUUGGCCUUCAACGUUCAAAACGAAAUAUUCUCUCUAGAUGAAGGUGAUUCAGGCAUCUGUUUUCUAUGCCAACUAAAAAUCAUACUAAUAGCUUUAUACGUUCUUUUCAUUCCUAUCUACCCGCGCCGCCCCAGCACUCCUCUGCCUUGUGUUUUAAUUUUUGCUUUAACCAUUGAUUAACGUCCAUUUAUCGGGGUCGAUAAUUACUACAUCUAAUAACUGUGUACAUAAACUAUUUUGAAUUAUACUGUCAACAAUAUUCAUAUUUAAAUAAUAUAUUAUUUCGCUAUCAGCUUUGUAAAAAAAAACAACAGGAACAUAAGCACAAAGAAAACAGCUUCUUUGUUAACUUUCCCUUGUUUUGUUUUCCUACAAAGUCCUUUUCUGGUUCUGUUUGAUAUUUUCUUUUUUUUUGUAAAUUAUAAUCGCAAUUGAUUUGAACACCAAAGCUGAUUUGUUUUCAGAAUAACAAGGCAACAAUAAAGGAUUCUUUUUAUUGUAUUUGUAUUUUACAGUGUGACUAUUAGUAAUUUUUAAUACAGUGUGUGAUCGAUGCCUUUUGUGUCUUGUGUUAUUAUUAUAGUGUACUUAUUUAUAAGUAAAGAGAAUAUUU